AUGGAGUCCCUUGAGAUUGGUGGCCUCCAGCCAUACCUUCUGACCCGGUUCGAAUACUGGAUUGGAUUUCUGUCCGAAGAUGCGCUAGCUGGGUGA